CUAAAUUCUAAAUGGAAAUAACAUUACACAAGAAAAUCAGCAAAGAUUAUCUAAUUACCAAGAAUUAGAUUGAAAAAAGAUUUUAGAACUAAGUCUAUUGAUGAUUUAUUUGAAAAAACUAAGCUUAAUUCUUAAAGAGAGGAAGAAAAAGAAGAAGACACUAUAUUACGAAAUAGUGAUAGAAUAAUGUAUUAUAGAUAAUAAUAUUUUGAAUAGUGGAGCAAGCAAGGAUAUAGCAAAAUAAUAGAUCCGAACCUAAAUUUAGAUCAGUUUCUGUUGCUCUUGUAAAAAAGAAAUUAUAAUUUGAAUAUGAAGAGGAUCUAACAACUAUUCAUAAUAAAUGUGGAAUUAAGGUUGUGAAUUAAGCCUAAUAAAUGAAUAAUUAAGUCUAACCUUAAUAAAAAAAUCUUAGCGAAUAUGAAAAAUAGAAAUAAUAAGUAAAUGAAAUCUUCAAAAGUCUUUAUACAUCUCAUUAAGAAAAACGUGUCAAUAUUUAAAAGUUAGUUAGCAGUAGACCUAUUAGAAAUAAACCUAUUGAUUGGAAUGAAGUGAAAAGAAGACUUCCUAAAGAUUAAAUUGGAACAAUCUAUGAUCCUACUAGAUUUUAAAAUUUAUAUGAAAAAUUUAAUAGAGAAAUUGAAAUUAAUGCACCUCAUGGACCUUUUAUUAGUUUUCGUCAAUUUUUAAUUGAAAGAAGAGGAAUUUCCUUUAAAGAUUGA